UCGAAGUUUGUUUAUAUCCCAAUUAAAAGUUUUUUCGAUAUUUUUUAUUCAUGCAAAUUGCUUUAAAUAGUGCACAAUGGCAUUUUCGAAGUACUUUUAAUAUUAUUUUCAAGUAAUAGAGUUGAAUUAAUUUGAGUUAUUAAAUUUUGAGGUCGUAAUUUAAGCAAUUUCUGUGAUGAAGACUGAUAUAAUUUACAAGUUAUUAGAAACUACAUUUAAAGAUAAUUAUUAUGUGUAGUGAUACUGACGAUACGGACGACUUGCUAUUGAUACCUCCGGAUUUCUUUUUAGUUCAUUCAGAACCAGAACCUCCUUAUUAUAGUAUUGUAGACAAUCUAAUCAGACAAGUAUCUAAUUUACAAAAUCGCAUUGAAACGAUUGAGACAACUUCAGAUGUAAGUCUUUGUGGAAGUUAUAUAGAUAACUCAAUGGAUAUCAGAGACAAUAUUAACUCAACUAGACCAAGCACACGGCAACAUUUCCUGAGUCAAGAAGAUUUGUAUCAGCCAAACAGUACACAGAGUACUCCUCAAAAAGCACGUGAAAAAAUUAAACUAAAUUCCUUACCAAAUAGUCCUAAUGUUAAUUUGAGACAAAGAUACUCAGUUAAGUUUAAAUCACCACAAAGAAAUAGUUUAAAUAAAGAAGAUAAUCCAGAGAUAUUAAGUGAAAUAGAUACAUUUAUUUCAAAUGUAAAAACUAUUGAAAGAAAUAAUACUGUUAGAAAUUUAGGAAAUGAGUUUAAUUCUAUGGGGGACAAACAGUUACAGAGAAAUGUAUUAAAUGGUGAUAUUAACAGAAGACCAUUAAAUCAGAGUGUGAAUAAAGAUGUUAAGGACACUGUUGAUCUUAUUAGGAGACAAUCUGAACAAAAUGUUAGACAAGAACACCUCAAUAAUCAACAUUCUGAUAAUAUUGCCAAAGUGACAACAUGGAGAUGUGGAGAUGAUAUAAGAAGUGUUCCUGAUUAUGGUGCAGGAGUAAGAGAUACAUUAUAUAAUCAAAAGUAUCCUCAGGAAAACCAUGUGAAACCAACUCAGUUGAAACAAAACUUUAAUUCUACAUCGUCUGGUACAGAUUUUACAUCUUACUCUACGUUAGACAGGUCUUCAGACAGUAGUUCAGAUUCCACUCAAACCACUGCCUAUAAUAAGUACAAAAAACAGGAAGAUUUUUGUAAGAAAAGUGCAAAAGUUGAUCCAUUUAUUGUGGAUCAGGAAAGAAAUGAGCUUUUGCAUAGUCCUUUACAUUCAAAUGCUUUAAGUGUUUUGAGUAUGCAUAAGAAAUUGCUGAAUAACAGUAAUUCUAGUCAUGAGAGACAUAUUCCGAAGCAAAGAAGCUUAAAUACAGUAACUGAUAGAUAUGGCUUACUGAGUUUAGCAGACAUAUGGAGCUCAACUCACAUGACACAAAGUCCCAGUAAACUGACUCAAAAACUCCAAGAAGAAAAGCUAAGAAGACAACAUUGCGAACAAUUAAUAAGUGAGUUACAAAAUAAGAAUUUAGAGCUGCAAGAAAAACUAGCUGUAGCAAUACAGGUUGAUGAGAGCAAAAACAAUACGAUCCAACAAUUUCAGGAAGCCUUAGAAAAGGUUUCCACAAGGAUGGAAAAAUUAAACGAAGAAAAAAAUAGUUGGGAUAAGGAAAUUAUGAAAAUGAAAAAUCAUCAUUCUAUUGAGAUUGAUUCUGCUAAUCAGAAAAUACAAUAUUAUGAAAAGGAGGCAUCAAAAGCUUUAAAUCUAGCCCACGCUAAUCAAGAAAAAUUCUCGACAUUGGAACGGAAAUGCUCGGAUUUGCAGAAAGAAUUAGAAACUAUAGAAAAUAAAUUCAGGGAUGUGCAGGACAAUUACAAAAAAGAAUUUGAUAAAAACAAAGUUCUGUCUGAUAUAAUCAGUCAAAAGGAACUUGACCUGAAAGAAAAUAAGACUGUUUUAGUUAAUGCUAGGGAAGAGAUUGCUCAGAGUAGGAAAGCUGUAGAAAUAUGUCAGACUGAAUUCACUUUGCUGAAAGAUGAAUGUGGCAAAUUAGAGACUGAAUUGAAAGCCAGCAAAAAUCUUAUUGCAGACCUAACUGAUCAGAAAAAGAAAAUGUCUAUUGAUAUUCAAAGUUACAAGUCUAAUGAGAAAACUCUAAAAGAAGCUUUGGAACAGUCUCAAUCAAAAUUGGAAAGUACAAAAUUAGAGUUGAGGAACUUUUAUCAAGGCCAGUUAGAACUUAUCGUAGAGAACAAACGAAAAGAGAUGCAGGGCCAGCUAGAUCAAGAAAGACAGAAAAAUUUGGAUGAAAUAAAAAGAAAAGAAUUAUCAAUGGCCAAAACAGCGGCCAAUCAUAUUAAGGAAAUUUCUGAGAAAUGUUCUCUAGAAAUAAAACUCCUUGAACAAAAGCAGCAAGAAGAAAUAAGACUGUAUGAGAUACAAGCGUCCCAAUAUAAAAAAGAGAUUGAAAACCUUCAGACGAAGUUAGCAAAUUUGCCAGAGAAAAGGGCUCAGAUUGCUAAGCAACUGCAGAAAGUAAUGGAGAGUCAUUGGGAUGAAGCCCUAAAGAUGAUAGGGAGCAGCCCUUCAUCAUUUAAUGAUAAUCAGGUCGCCAACACCUUGCAUAAUGUAUCCAAGAAACCAGCAGAACCGUAUAACAGAAGCUCAGAUCCUGAACGCUAUCAUCAAAUGAGACCAGAACAUUUUGAAAGCGUUUCAGAUUAUGAGGAAACCCCAGUCUCAAGCAGAGGCGUUAAGAAUUCGGAAAGCGAAAUACAAAAAUAUAUUAAUAUGUUGUUAAAUAGACCACCAGGACAGCCUACGGAAGAACCACCGCAAGAGCCGAGCGGUUCUCACCAUAAUAGAGCAACUUGGCAUCACGGUGUAAGACCAGGAAAACCAAAGUAAAUGGGAUCAAAUGCCUGCAACGUAUUCCAAAGAGAAACCAAGUGGAAAGCCACCUUGGAAAUGAAGUGUGUUCAUUUUUUUGUUCAAUUUUUGUGAUCUAAGAGUAUUUUUUAUAUUAUGUUUAUAGCGAUAUAGUGUUAAUUAAUUUCAGUUCUAAGCAAUAAGAUAUUCAAAAUGGCCAGUUACUUAAAAUAUAAUAAAGAAAAAAGAAUCUCUUUUAAUUUUGACAUGUCCAAGUCAUUAAAAUAAUAUUAUUUUGUCUUCUUAACGUUCAGUGCUGCCUAUAGCAAAUCCAAAAAAUGUAUUUCAGAUAAUUACAAUUUGUUUUGAUGUCCGCGCCUUUAUUGAACAUCCUGUACAGGGUCCGGCAAUAGUGCAUCGGGCAUCUGUAGCUCCUAGAAUAAAA